ACACCGCCGUUGGGGGCGUUUGUACGUGUGUCAAGCAUACAUAACAUGUACAGUGUACAAAUAACAUGCGCAAGUCGCAACACUAUGCGAAAUUGUCCUUUGAGGAGGGAGACGGUAUGGUAUAGUUUUCAGGUUGUUUUCUUUCAAUCAAGAAGGAUAAGUCUAAACAUGUUUCCGAAACGGCCAACGUACUAGACUGUGAGAGUGACGUGUGCAACCAAACUGAGUAGAACAGCUCAAGCCUACCCUCCAAGAUGGCUAUGCGUGACCUGGUGGACGGGGAAUGUGGGACAGCCAAUCCAUUGAUGAGGCUUACCCAGCAUUAUGCCCAGGAUAAAUCACGUAGGCAGGAAGGGCUGAGGGGUGCAGCAAGCCGACCCUUUGACCCAGCAUCUACAGCACGGGGAUUCCUAGAUACACCCGAACAUGAUCUCGUGAAUGAGUUCAUGGUAGACCAGCAGCGGCACAUGGGACCUCCCCAGACAUUCCACAUGGACGCCUUGCUGCAGGAAAUGCGAGCCAUUGAAGAAUCACACAUAAGGCAACCACCGAUACAAGCCCCUGGGGUAGCAGACCUAGCUUCUCAUGCUGAGUGGGCAGAUGAAUUCCUAGUCUCUGAGCAGCGACGAGCUGAAGAGAUUGUGGAUGACAGAGAUGCUGACUGGACCAGAGACUUCCUGGCCGGCCAAGAUGGUACAGUUGCUGCAGAUGUCAUACCAUCCUCAUCUGAUACAAAGUGGGCCCAGGAGUACUUGGAGCAAUCUGAGCAUCAGUUAUGGACUGAAGAAUUCACCAAACCUGAAGAUGAGAAAUGGGCUGCAGAAUACCAGCAAGAAACAGAUUCAGACAUCGCAAGAACAGCCAAUCAGCUCAUGGGUACACUUGACGAUCCUAAGUUUGCCAACACAGAGUUUGUCAAAUUUGUCAAGAAGCUGGGGGAGGGGGAGGUGACGAUAGAAGGGAACGAGGUCAGGACUAGAGAGGGCGCUCCAUUCGACCCUGUGGCCGAAGAGUGGACGUCCGAUUUCUUGAAUGAAAAGCAACUGCUGUCUGACAACUGGGCCAAGGAGUACACUGCUGAGAACACAGUGCCGUCUGAUGCUGAGUUCUGGGAGAAGCUACAGAAGGAGUGGGAGGAGAUGGGACCCACUGAGGAGCAUCCAUGGCUGUCAGAGUUCAGCGGGGGGCAUGUCAAAGAACCGGAGUACAAGUUUGAAGAUGAUAAUCCCCUUCUGGAUCAUCCUAAUCCAUUUGAGGAGGGACUUAAUCGGCUUAAGGAUGGAGAUUUAGCCAAUGCAAUACUGCUAUUUGAAGCUGAAGUCAAGAAGAACCCAGACCAUAUGGAGGCAUGGCAAUACUUAGGAACAACUCAAGCAGAGAAUGAACAGGAGAACGCAGCCAUCGCAGCUCUUGGAAAAUGCAUUGAGCUGAAGCCAGACAACCAGACAGCACUCAUGAGCCUAGCUGUCAGCUAUACCAAUGAAUCCAUGCAGAACCGUGCCUUAGAGACACUACUGGACUGGCUGACUGCAAACCCCAAAUACAAGCAUCUGGUUGCAGAUGAGGCACGGGGAGCUGAGAGCAGGAUAGAUGCCAAGACAUCCUCAUUCUUAUCAAGUGCCCUGCAUAGCCAUGUCAAGGACCUAUUCAUACAGACGGCGUGCAUCUCCCCCAAUGACGUAGAUGCUGAUGUGCAGUGUGGACUGGGUGUUCUCUUCAAUCUGUCCCAGGAAUAUGACAAGGCUGUGGAUUGCUUCAAAGCUGCUCUGUCUGUCAAACCAAAGGAUGCCCUGCUAUGGAACAAGCUUGGUGCCACGCUAGCCAAUGGCAAUCGCAGCGAGGAGGCCGUAGAUGCCUACCACCGUGCCCUGCAAUUCUACCCUGGCUUCAUCCGAUCACGCUACAAUCUAGGCAUCAGCUGCAUCAAUCUAGGAGCACACAAAGAAGCCAUUGAACACUUCCUGACAGCGCUCAACAUGCAGCAGCGGGGCAUUGGGCCCCAGGGUGAAAGAUCCACCAUGUCCCAAAACAUCUGGAGCACCUUACGCAUGACCAUCUCACUACUAAGCCGGACAGACCUGUACAAAGCUGCCGAUAAUCAUGACCUAGGCUUGCUCAACAGUGAGUUCAACAUAGCACCAGCAGCUACGUGACUUGGGUCUCAUCGCUCCAAUCACUAUGCCCGAAGGAGGACUUGCUUAAAGUGCCAUGGUGCCGUCUGUAUCAAAAUUCCAGGCAUGGCAUUGUGGUGGUAGAACUAAUAACUACGGACAUUGAUUAUUUAAAUUAUAUAUUAUUUUCGAAUGGCAAUUACUAUUGGAGGACUCAUAUCAAGAUGAUGAUCGUUGGGUUAAUAUUGGGGGGGACUUGGUUUAAACUAGUGUAGUGGAUCAUUUAGUUCCAAUCGAGUCCAAUGAUCUAAUGGUUCCCCAUCUUGACUUGCUAUCCUAUGAUUGCGUGAAUAGCAUAUCCGGAUUGGAGUUUUUUACAUGUGAACAAAUAUUGAAAGUUACAGUACUGUGUUAGGCACAGAGUCCCAAUUGUAUUAUUUGUGACCCCUACCCCAGCCUGACUAGAGUUUCCAAAAAUGGGCUGUAUUCUUAUAGGUCCAUCACAUGGGCACUUUGGCCCCAAAAAAGAUGCUGUUUCUGCCUCGGAUGCAUGAAAUUGCUCAAUAUGAGACACUGACAAUGAUUCUGGAGCACAGAUGAUGGUGGAGAUGAGGCCCAACACUUCCAGCCAAAUGUGUGCUGGUCCCAGAGAGCUAAGCUAGUGUCCUGAUUGUACCUAUCUCACUGAAUGACUGGCUGACACUGUGAUUCAGAUGGGUCGUAGACUGGAGCCUGGCAGUGCUAUUGUAUAGGAUUACCCUACAACGCCAAUGAGUGGGCUCAAUCCAGCCCAUUGUGUAGACCAGAUGCAAAGACUUCAAGUGAAGAGUCAUGUUGGAUCAAUGAAAUAGAAUUCUGUAUUCUGGGGGAGGGUUGUUUCGAUCCACUGUUUUAUGUGCCUAGCUUUUGCACAUGUACCAGGCAUGCAACUGGGAAUUCCAAACCACACAAGACUUUGUACAGUGUUUUUUUCAAUUUGUAUUAGCAUUCAUGAGAAGUAACCAGAGGAAAUCAGCUGAUCCAAGGAAACGUUGCAUGCCUGAUGUACACAUUCUGCGCUCCAAAUUUGCAAGGUUAAACUUGAGACAUUGACAUUGUGCCUAACCCACUAAAACAUCAAAAUUGCUAGGUGUAAAGCUGCCUUUCCUAAUAUUUGUAGUCCUUUGCAAUAGACUGACACCAGUUUUUGUCCAAAGAUAUUUUUUUGGUGAAUAGAAUCCUAGGUCACAAAUGAACAAAUGUUGACAGUUUGAGGUGCUUGGGCCAGUUUCUUGCUUUGAUUUCUAGUUAAUCAAUUUGAAUUAAUCUGUUUUGUAUUUAAAAAAAAAAGAAAAAAAAGGAAAAUCAAAUAAGUGUAUAAUUUUAUGAAAGAAACGCCCUUCAGUAUAAUCAGGGUAAGCUUUCAAAUUUGCAUUGAAGUAAAUUUAAAAUUUUGGAAUCUUAUCAGAAGCCGCAGCAUUGAACAACGUAAUGCUAUAUUCUGAUUAGUGGAUCUCAUCUCCAUUGUACAUAGCAUGCCAUUGGAUAGCCAAGUACAUUUGAGGGGUAAAAUAUAUCUACGUGAUUGGUUCACAAGGCAGCAUAUCUUCAUCAGUUCAAU